UUUUUACACCUGAUCCAUUUCUUUUUCACAUAUUCACAUGAUGCCAUCUGCACAGUUUCAGAACAUAACAUGUUGAAGUGCACAUGGACAUGUUUUUAACACUCCUUUUACUCACGUAAUUACCUGUGCAAUGAAACAAGACCUAAAAAUAAGUGAGAUUUUGGUAGCUUGAUGACUUUUGGUCUCGUUGCUCAUCUUCAGGAACUUGCAGCUGUUUAUUUGUGUCACCAUGAGGUUAGUGUUUCAGCUCUGAGAGCCAGCAGCUGCCCCUCUCUUGCUUUCAACAAUAGUCCACACACACACACGCACACACACUGAACACUGAAGUGUUUUGCUUAAAUGUCAGUCUGAUCAGCUUUUCAUUGAACUGUUUAACCACAGCCUGGAGAUGAAUCACGCCGGUGUCUCUCUGCUUACUGGGAUUUUUCUUCUUCUAUUAGGUCUAGGUCCAGGUCCAGGUCAGUGCUCUCCUGAUGAGACGAGACUGGUCAAGAAUCUGUUUAAAGGCUAUAACAAGGUGGUUCGACCCGUCAGCCAUUUCAAUGACGCUGUGGUGGUGACUGUCGGGCUGCAGCUCAUCCAGCUCAUCAGUGUGGAUGAAGUUAAUCAGAUCGUCACCAGUAAUGUGCGUGUCAAGCAGCAAUGGAAGGAUGUGAAUCUGAAGUGGAAUCCAGACGACUAUGGAGGAAUCAAGAAGAUUCGAAUUCCCUCCACCGACAUCUGGAAACCAGAUUUAGUGCUUUAUAACAAUGCUGAUGGAGACUUUGCUAUUGUGCACGAGACAAAGGUCUUGCUGGAACACACCGGGUUGAUCAUGUGGAAUCCUCCGGCCAUCUUUAAGAGCUACUGUGAGAUCGUUGUAGUUUAUUUCCCUUUUGACCUGCAGAACUGCAGCAUGAAGCUCGGCAUAUGGACCUACGAUGGCAACCUGGUUGUCAUCAACCAGGACAGCGACCGUCCAGAUCUCAGUAACUUCAUGGAGAGUGGCGAGUGGGUGAUGAAGGACUACCGGAGCUGGAAACACUGGGUUUAUUAUGCGUGUUGCCCAAACACACCGUAUCUGGACAUCACAUAUCACUUCCUGAUGCUGAGACUGCCGCUGUACUUCAUCGUGAACGUCAUCAUCCCCUGCAUGCUCUUCUCCUUCCUCACGGGCCUUGUCUUCUACCUGCCCACUGACUCCGGUGAGAAGAUGACCCUCAGUAUCUCUGUCCUGCUGUCUCUCACCGUGUUCCUCCUGGUGAUCGUUGAGCUGAUCCCGUCCACCUCCAGUGCCGUCCCGCUCAUCGGCAAAUACAUGCUCUUCACCAUGAUCCUCGUCAUCGCCUCCAUCAUCAUCACCGUCAUCGUCAUCAAUACGCACCACCGCUCUCCCAGCACGCAUACCAUGUCUCCCUGGGUCCGCAAGAUCUUCAUCGAUACCAUUCCGAACUUCAUGUUCUUCUCCUCCAUGAAGCGGCCAUCUCAGGAGCGGAAAGACAGGCACCCUUUUCCCCCCGACUUUGACAUCUCAGACAUCUCUGGAAAACCCGUGCCCACUUCCGUCACUUUCCAGUCGCCCAUCAUCAAAAACCCAGAUGUGCAGAGCGCCAUUGAGGGCGUCAAGUACAUCGCUGAGACCAUGAGGGGUGACGAAGAGUCCAACAACGCUGCUGAGGAAUGGAAGUUCGUGGCCAUGGUGCUGGAUCACAUUCUGCUCUGCGUGUUCAUGACCGUGUGUAUCAUCGGCACGAUCGGAGUCUUCGCCGGACGCCUCAUAGAGCUGAACAUGCUCUAAGCGGGAAAUUGCCUGGAGGCCUGAAGUGAAGCCAGGGGCUGGAGUUUAGCACCAGCCCCCAUCACACAGCUUUCUGCUGGGCUGCGCUAGCAACGAAAUCUGCUCGGAUUGGAUGCUAAAGGCGCACCGAGUUAAUGCUGAAAGCUCAGAUACACACAUAACCUUGUCCGAGUCAUAAUCAUUUUCUUCAACUAACACAUAUUUAAAGGAAAAAUCCACCCUGAACAACAUGAAUCUUAAUCUUUAUAAACUGACAUGAUCUUUAAUGACAUCCAAUAUUUUGUUUGUAAUGACAAUCUUGAGAAGAGUUGAGUUUUUUAGUUUAAACUUCUUUCAUCGACAUGUUGGUCUAGCCCACGCUUCAUUUUUACCUACAGCGAUGCAGCGGCGCUUUAUUGCUUAUUAUGCUAAUAUCACCAUCAACUUUAUUGUCCUCGUCAUCUCAUAAAUAAUAAACUAGCCGUAUAGCUGCAUUGCCUGCAGGAACAGUCCAGAAUCUCCACUACUUUUAUGCUGGAUUUCUCAAUAAUACGACGCUGAACGUCAUUGGAAAACGAUGAGUGAGAAAAGAAGCUCUUGCUUGAUUGAGUUCAUUGAAAUUUUGUCUUCUAUUAAACUCCAUUGUACCUGCGCUAGCAACGUCCCCCUGUGACGUCAGCGCGGUACACAACCGCUAACUUCUCACAGAAAUCAUGAAAAUACAGCACCAGUUGCUAAACACGUCACAAAUAUUUCAACAUAAACAUGUUUCAGGGUGGAAUUUUCCUUUAACACCACAGUUUCUUUCUUUUCUCAUGGUUUAUUGGUAUCUGUUUUAUUUAUCUGCAGUUCUUGGUAUUGGUAUGACCACGGAAAUGUUCAGUCUGUGCUGAGAAAUAAAGGCAUGGGAAGUUAACACGAAGCACACGCAUGUGCUUUGUGUUGAUAUAAUGUGUGAACAACUUGCAGCUGAGAUUUUUUUUUUAAAUUUCUGGUUCUGGUUUGAAUAUUUAUAGGUGAUGCACAAUCACUGAUGAUGCUCAAAGAUUGUGUCUUUCUCUAUACAGGUUUAUCAACUUUUUUUUUUUUUUUUUACAAAAUAAUUGACUUUUAGAUUUUUGUAAUGCAACAAAAACUACAAAUGAAACUAGGAUUUUAAAAGGCAGAUAGGGAAAAUGUAUUUCUCUUUGCACUACAGUUAAUGUGAGAGAGCGAGCAGUGGUUCAUUUCCUGUUAAUUAUGUUUUGACCAGUGCUGAUUUGAAAUGCCAGUUUGCAUGUAGAUAUUUGUAAUGUAUUAUUAACUUUUCAUAUUCAUUAGUAAGAGCAUGGUCCAGUUGAACAGGACAGUGGAGAUUUUAAAUUUUAAUGUGAACCUGCCUUUUAAUGACAUAUCAUUAAUGGGGUCAAAGGUCACAGGACCCUAUAUAGUUACACUCCAGAAUGAAACUUUCCACUGUGUGUGUAUUGGGCAUUAUUUCUUAAAUUCUUGCUAUUUUCUUUUAAUUAAGUUUUUUUAACUACAUUUUUUCCACAUGACAACCUGAUUUUAUUUGAGUCAUGUCAUUAAUGCAGACUUGAAAGUGUGUUUUCAUUUUUCCAUUUGACUAUGAGUUUGCGAGGCUCAGAUUUUUCUUUUUUUUUCUUUUUUUUAUGACCACUAGGACUUCCACAGUCACAUUGUUUCCUCAUUUUCACUAAGAAGUGUGAAGUGUGUUGGGACAGAUUUUGUCAUCAGACAUCCUUCUACAUUUUGUGAUGAUUUUUAUAUUUCAUAUUGUUUUGCAUGUACAAUGUGUCACAUAACAAAAAUUUUCAGAGCAAUACCAGAGACUUUGAAUCAUCAUACACAAGGAUAGACUGGUUAGACUGCAAGAACUUUCCUUAGACAUUUCCAAGGUAAGCAGAGGGGAUGGUAGCUUAAAUCACUUUAUUAGGUGAAUGAAUAAAACGUUUUGUGCAGUGUGGAUUAUUUUCUCACCUAACAUGUUUAUGAAAAUUCUUUUUGUUUGUUCUUUUUCAAUUUGCUUUUUCAAUAAACGCUUGGUUAAACUGCU